AGGGUGUUUGCUCUAUUGAUCUUGUCAAAUCCAACUCUCUGAUUGGUCACAUUUCAGGCAGCGGAAAUUUCAACGAUCCACUCCAAUCUUGGCUUGAGGCUUGGCUUGAAUGGCGACAACAACAACGCAUUGAACCCUCAUUCUCAUCUGUGUCGUUGUAGGAGGGACUGAAUGUGCAGAUCAAGAAGGUUUCUACUCCCUCCCCGAGAUAUCUCCUUGCCAAGUUGAAACCUUGCUGUAUUGGAGUACUUGUGAAGACUUCUCUUUCCCAAUCAUGCCGCGAAAAAGGGCUACUCGUGUCAAAACGGCAAAUAUACCUAAGCCUUCGACUGGAAUUUCAAAGAGUUUGACAGAGAAAGAAUUAAGAGAAAAAAAAGAGCAACUGGAGCUGCACCUCAAAGAAAUUGAUGUCAAAGUGAAAACCUACUUGAAAGGAAUUGAGAAGACGAAGCGAACAACAAUUCUGUUUCUCAGAGGUCGUUAUCAAGAUCUCAUCGCAAGUUAUGGGCCUGAGGUACGAAACAUGACAAUGAAAGAAUUUACACUGGCUGGAGGUACCCUGGCAUCUGCAACGUCUUUUGUCAAACAGAAGACUGCUCUGAAACCAACCAACAGCCGUCUUGCUGAAGUCCAGCACCUUCUAUGCACUGCACCAAGUGGAGGUUUAGAACUGGUAGCAGAGGAAGACAGUGAGGAUUUUGUCGACCAGAAAGAGGCAGAGGUGAAGAUGCCGUCAAAAACACCAGGAACAAAGCAAAGGGGAACAAAACGGGUGAAAUCUGCAAUGCCACCCCCAUCAACAAGGCGAUCAAAGAGAUCUGUAAAUGCCACCCCACUCAACACAAUCAAUCGGAAUCAUUGGGGACAAACACCUCUCAUUACACCAAAGUUUGAUCCAAAUUUGCCUUCAACACCUGACAACAUUCGUGAGAUGAAACCUGGUGAAAGGCUCAUGUCCAUUGCCGGAAGUCCUGUUCAAGUGGACAACAGGCGGCGAGCUAUCGGAGUUGUUGGAGCCAAGAAGGACAAGAUCAAGGAUGAGCUCUCUGAGAUGGAACUCACACCCACCAAAAUGGAACGGAUUUUCCAGUUGUUUUCUGCAUCUCUCGAAAAAAAUUGAUGUUGUCAAAUACCGUUGUAAAUAGUUUAUGUAAAUAAUAUUACCGAUAAAUAAAAGUAGCGUUGACAUGCUGAAUGCUGGGCUUGGCAGUGCCUUAUUUCUAAUUUUGAAAUAUCGUAUUGACUGGGUCUGACCUUUUCUAUCAAAGAUUGUGAUCAGUUUCAGGGACAGGAAUGGUUUAUGCAUUUGGGCCUUAUCACUAUCAGAGUACGGAGGUCCUGGGUAAUUAUCUGUUCUGAAAUGUGAACUUGAGACAGUCUGAGACAUGAUGGCUCAGUGUGUCCUGUGAUUAAUGAAUGUCCUCACCAUUUAGUGUUUUCUAUUGCAAACAGUCAGCUACAGGAAGAAUAGAUUUCAUUGUUACUAUCUUCGGAGUUGGAGACAAUGUAAUUUGGGAACUUUGUUAGUGCAUUCCUUUACUUUUUUUUUUUUUUAGAGCAUUUGUGCUACGAUAUUACACAGUGGAAAAGUAUUUAUAUUAAAGAAAAACUGGAUUUUGCCACAUUCAAGUACAAGCAAUAUGAGCUAUUUUUUGCUAUUCUCCAAAGUUCAGCACUGCCGGAGACACUCUUUUCCUCCUCCUGUAACAAACAACCUAAACAGAACAUUUUGAUGAAUCAAAUCGGGCUUUUUACAUUAGAGAAAUGACCAACAUACUAUUUAAUAAGAAAUUGUGAAAUGUCCACAGUUUUACGGAAUAAAUGUCAAUGAAUUUUUAAGAA